AUGCCACCGCCUCAACGCACUCUGCAGGAGAUUGUCCGGAUGCGUGUCAUCUUGCUUGCUGCAUCCUUCUUCAUGUUGAUUCAAAUGGCGGUUACAACCUAUGCUUCUCCACUCUACGGAAAACAAGACUAUCACACAUCGGCUCUUACUGGACAUGCCUGGGUCAUGGAGCUCCUGAAUGGCCAUCCAGAUCGAAUUCGUACUGAACUGGGGAUGAGGAAGGAGGUGUUCCUGUUGCUCAUCCAGCAGUUGCAGAUUGUCACGGGACUGUCUGAUUCCCGAUAUGUGUCAAUCAAGGAGCAAGUAGCCAUCUUUCUGUAUAUGUCAGGGGACGCCGCGCUCCUUGGGCACGUGACCAUGCACCCUCCUCCUCCUCCUCCGAUCCUCAUCUCCAUCCAUGCCAACAUCCGCCCUCUCCCUCCUUCUCCCGGCCAUCUCCCUCAAAUCCCCGCAAGCGGUCUAGCCAAGCCCGAUUCCUUGCACCAGGGAGUGCUACUGCCGCUCGUACCAGAUGCCCUUGCGCUCAUCCGCACCACCCCUCUUCCCAGUCGGGCAUUGGUCCUCGCCUCCGAUGUCUCCACUGGCCGGCCCGGCACUGGCCUGGCCACUGGGCUCCUCCAGUGUGGCCUUCCACUGUUGGUGUCUCAGGAGCUGGCCAUCACUGGCCCCUCUGAGCCACUCACUAUCUUAUCUGGGAUCCCCCUCUGUGCUCAGACUCAUGUGAGGUUGUUGUGUGCUGUGUGCUCUCUUCCUUCGGGCUGGCAGGAGUUGCCCUUACAGCAGAACGGUUCCACCCCAUUGGACUCCACCCAGCUGAGCGUCAGGACAGUGGCAGUCUAUGGCGCCCUGUUGCUGCGCACUGGUGUGGCCUCCAAGCUGGCUGGCGGCUAG